UUUUGUCCACAAGUUUUUCAGGAUAUUUUACCGUUACAGCAAAAUGUAAUGGCAACUCUAGUUUUAUAUGAUCGUUUAUUUGGCUAAUACUACCAAGGCAACGUUAGAUGUACUCAUAAAAAGCAGAGUAAAAUAGAAAUAGAGUCGAGAUCUAGCUAGCUUCAGUUCUGUGAUGUAAUAAUAUACCUGCUAAAUACUCAUGCAUCAUCAUGAAGGCGGAGGAAGAUCUGGAUGAACUUGGAGAUAAACUCUACAGCCUAAUAUUUUCUAAACAUGGAGAAAUUGCGGGCAAACUGACAGGGAUGCUGCUAGAGCUGCCAGACACAGUUAUCAAGCAGAUGCUACAAGAUGAGUCUGUCCUCAAUGACGGAAUAAGCAGAGCACUGCAGUCUCUCAGCCCAGAAAGUCAGGUGGUGUGUGAGGCAGAGGAGGCAUCUGCCUCUUCAGACUCUUUGGGUGAACGACUCUAUGACCUCAUCGACCUUCACAACACAGGGCACACGGACAAAAUCACAGGCAUGCUGUUGGAACAGAAGAAGGAGGUCACUCUUCAGCUCCUGUCAGAUCCUGAGCUCCUCGAAAAGAAGAUCAACAUUGCCUUAAAAACACUGCUUGAGCAGGGAGAGCUAGAGGCCAACAUGACUGAAAGCUCUGAUUCUGAGGUUGAAUCCGUUGGAGAAAAACUAUUUGACCUCGUAAAGCAGAUAGACCCCACCCACUCAGCUGACAUCACAGGUAUGCUGUUGGAGAUGGAUUCGGAGAGUUUGAAUCAAAUUCUGAAAGACCGCUCUAUGCUGGAGGUCGCAGUUCAAAGGGCACAGAGUGCUUUAGCAGCCCACACCCAUACCCACAGUUCGGAAUAGUGCGAGAUGUAUGUACGUUCAUUCAAGCUGAAUUGUACAGGGGCAAGCUAUCCCUCACGUCAGCCAGACAGUCCCUGUAUACAGACAGAGGAGGAGACUCAAACCUUAAGGGAAGGUGCAGAAGUCCUGCCAUAGUGGGAAGGAAGCCAUGUUGUGAUGAGAUGGUACAAGGAUCAAGAGUCAUGUUGUGAACUUUUAUAACAUUACGGAUCAUAUUAUAUCAUGAUUAUAUUUGUUACUACCAUUGUUGGAAUGUUUAAAAGAAAAACUCUGUAUUCUCCUGGGUCGCUCAGGAAAGAUGUCUUGUCAUCUUUAAUCUUAGAAAUAAUGAACAUACAAUUUCCCCUUAAGAGUACUUAGCUGUUGAUAUGGACUUGUGUUGCCCGUAAUCCAUGUCCUGAUUAUAUUUUGCCUGAAGUGUACAUAUAAAUAAAUUCUAUAUCAUGUCCCGUUA